AUGGUCUUGGCCUACGCUGGCUGGCUGUGGUUCUCGUUGAGUGGGAUGUGCAUCGUGUACAUCGGUCAAGCUGUGGCUGGGUGCACAAUUGCCACCAUCACGUCUGUGCUGGCAACCGACGAAAACCGUGGUUAUGUCCAUGCAGCAGAUGGCGCAGGCUCAUUGCUUGUGAUUUGGGCGCUUGGCCGUGUGGUGGGUCCAGUGGUUCUCAGCGCGUUGCCCAGCGCUCAGGGAACGGCAGACAAGUUUGCCGAGAACCCGCGGAGGCCUUACAUUUGCGGGGCCUGCGCUGCGCUUGUUGGCGGCUGCGUACUGAUAACGCUGCGGGACAGCUUCCGUCAUCGGAUGGCUGCAGAAACUCCAGCAGCAUUUCUGCCUUCGCCCCCUCCUUGGGAGAAGGAGGUUUUCACUGAGACCGACAUCCAAGAUCUCGGCAGGUUCCUGUGUGAGCUGCUCACACGAAACCACUACAAGUGGCGAGAUCCUGUCACCCGAGAAAAGCUCAAGCGAGACCUGGAGAAGUUCUUUCCACCGCUUGUCACCGAUGAAAACUUCCUCAGUGCAGCAAAUGAGGAAGGUGACUUGGAACACACCAAACGCUGCUGGAACGAACCGCCGUCGAUUUGCAUCGAAGUCCUCGGCCGCGGCCACGCUGCCCAUGCGCGCACUUUGUCUGGCCAGCAGACAUUUUGGUUGUCGGAGACCGUGCUUCUAGCCAAACUGCAGUUCACGUUUCGGGAUGACGGAAAGUCCCAUCUUAAGGAGGCCUUAUGCCUUAUGCCCAUCUACAGCUUAUUGCACGUUCUCAUGCUCGGAUGCGCCGUGCAUUACACACUUAGCCUGACUCUGAGACUCGACACUCCAGAAGACUAUCAGGUCGAAUCAGUGGGUGCCGACUUCCCUCCAAGGGCGAUGUCUAAGGCAGCUGGGACUGAGGCAACAUCAAAAGAACUCGAUGACAUCCAAACAGGAGAGACUGUUCUGUACCUGACUAAGAGGAUUUUUGAUGAGUGUGCAUUUGAAGUAGGUGCCUCGUACGUUGCAACCCCAUCCUCGGUCGAAACGGGCCCAAGGGUUCGCAGCGGGAUUCUCGAGGAGGCCAAGAAGGCCCUUAGCAUCCUCAAUGGUGCUCUGAUCAACAAGGUGGUGGUGGAAAGGCAAGUGGGUGCAGCCGUAUCAGGCCGGACAGUGUAUAUCCUUGACUCUGCUGGAGCAUUGGCCGAGGACAAGGCUGUUGGUGAUCAAGCAAGUGGCUCGGUGGGCUAUUUGAGGAAGGAGGCCAGCUCCUUCACCCCGGGCCAACGUAAGCGAUUAAAUGCUGUGGCCAUAACCAUCAACAUCCUGGCGCCAUGGCUGCUCUUCUGCGGAAUCUUUGCCGCCUUGUCUUUCCAGAUGCACUACAGUCACCCUGCCCUUGCUUGGGCCAGCGCUGGUGCUGGCCUGGUGCUGUCUGCAGUCUGCGCCUUCCUGGCACACAGGACUCGGAUGCAGGAGCAGGAUCCUACGUGGUGCACUUUCGCAGCUCUGGCGUAUCUCGCAGCGACGGUCUUGGCGGCAACGCUAGGUGAUAUGAACUACUGGUACCACAUGCAGCCAUACUAUGACAUUGAGAACAUCAACUCCUACCCUGACGUGAGUCCGUCCAGGGAACGCGGACAGCAGCUGAUGGACGCAGGCAGAAUCUAUUUCGAAGAUGGAGCCAUGCUGGAUCUGCACAAAUCCAUGUCGUUCAAGAACUUGGACAGGUACUGCGUGGCUCCCAUUACUAGUGGAGAUGCACCGCUUUCAUCAUACGACUUCUGGGCGGUUGGCGUAAACUGCUGUGGUGGAGCUCAAGGAGAGUUUCGCUGCGGUGAGUACAAAAAUCCGAAGGCCCGCGCCGGCCUUCGCCUGAUGCGUGACGAUCAGAGGCCUUUCUUCCGCCUAGCUGUGCAGCAGGCAGAGGCUGCCUACAACAUCAGGGCCAAUCAUCCUCUCUUUUUCUACUGGAUGCAGGACCCCGUGGCAGAAACGAUGAGCUACAAAGCCUCAGGCCUGUCCUACGCGCUGAUGGCAGUCUUUGGCCACUUCGUCUUCAACCUGCUUUGCGUGGGAGGCGCGGCCUUCGCCUUCUCCAAGAUCGCGCACAAGUUCUGA